AUGCGCUCGUACAACAAACGUGUGCAGGUUUACUAUGAAGAACCCAACCCCACCAAAUCUGUAAUCAUGCGCAGCAGGUGGACAUCAUACGGAAAUGCAGACGUUUUGAGACGCAAAGAUCUUCGGAAUUUCAAGAUUAUUGCAGGCGAGGUGCUGGGAGAUGAGAUCCCGUGGUCGUAUGCUAUCCAGCCAGACGGCUAUCCUCUGAUUAACAUCUUCCUCACGAAUCGCAAAGUUUACUCCGAGACAUGA